ACAGACUGCAAACUGCUUUCGUGCCAAAACUCAAGACUGCAAUGGCAACACCAGAUGUGGCUUAAAACCACGGCUUAAUGUAAAGAUCCUACAGUGCAGAUAUAAGGUCAGCACUACUCUUAGAAGUUAUGAGCCCAGCUCAGCAGCUGCUCCGUUCUCAGAGAGACUUAUUGCUGAAGUGGACAUGUGACCAUCCAGCGCCCUUGCUGCGUUGGCUGCGUGAUGCUGAGGUGCUUUCCUCUGCCUGCUACCUGUCUUUGCUGGAGAGGUCGCCUUCCAAUGCUGUGGCGAAGGCACUGGAGACAGUGUGUGCCACAGAGGAGAGCAGCCAAAAGUUCCUGCAGGUGUUGAGGGAAGUGCAGGAUUACUACUGCAGAGAUCUGCAGGUCUGGGUUGAGAGACACUGCAGGAACGAUGCAGUCACUAAAUCAGCACCUGCACCUGUGAAAGUUGAAGACAAGAAGUCUAAAAGCCCCAUUGCGAAACUGUUUAAAGCAAAGAGCAAAGGAUUCACCCUCACCACUGAUGUUAACGCUAAGGAAGAGCCAAAACCUUGCAGGAGUCUAAAGUUGGCCACCAUCCGAGUUUCAAUUUCUGCCCAUAAAACAACGUUACUGAAACGCACAGAGCAGUUAAAAUGUUACUCAGAGGGAAACAGGGAGGCUUCAAACUCAGCUUCUCACAUCGAGAUCCGCUACACUGACCUUUUCGUGACAGAAGACAAUGAGUUAAUUGACAGUAGCCAACAUGAGUACUUUGCCUUGGCGGGCAGACGUGCUCGCAUCUAUGUCCACCAGGACUGCCAGCGUAUCCGGCCCGGCCAUCUGUUGAGCCCCCAAGAAGCAUUGGGACGAGCCCCUAAAAGGGUUAAAGUGAAGGGUAUUGCAGGUAUAGGAAAGAGUGUGGCAGUACAGAGGUUGGUCUACGAGUGGGCAAUUGGGAAGAACAUGCGUGAAUUCACCUGCGUUUUUGACCUACGCUUCAGAGAGCUCAAUCUAGUUGAUAAACCACUGAGUUUACUGGAGCUGCUUGGACAACGGUUCCGAUACCUGAAGGAGGCUCUACCUGACCUGCUCACAUCACCAAGAUCAUUGCUUUUCAUCUUAGAUGGUUUAGAUGAGUUUAAAUUCCCUCUGGACUGGAACAGUCCAGACAAAAACAUUGAUGUAAAAUCAAACGUACUGGUGUCAGAGCUGAUGGUGGCUCUGAUAAAAGGAAGCCUUCUUCCAGAGGCAUCAGUCAUAAUUACAACAAGGCCAUCUACAGAAGCUCCCAAGCGUUUCUUCCAGAGAUGCUGUGUGGUGCUGGGAUUUGAGGAGGACCAGGUGAAGGAAUACACCGCCAAGUUUUACAAAGACAGUGAAGUUGCUCAAAAGGUGUAUGAUUACAUUGUGAACAAUGACAAUCUAUUUGUGCUUUCCUUCAUCCCUCUUUAUUGCUACAUCAUCUGUACCGCUAUGGCUGAGUUCUUCUCUUCACAGCCUAACAGUGUUGGUGAAUCAAAGUCUCUGGAGUUAAGCCCACCCAGAACAGUCAGCGAGGUUUAUUUCUGCUAUUUGUUUACAGCAGUCAAACACCAUGGACUAAAAGGGAGGACAGAGAGAAGCACACCUAGAUCAGAGGUUCUUAGCCUAGCUAAACAACAACUGAUGAAACUGGGGAAAAUGGCUUAUGAAAACCUUCUACAGAAGAAGAUAUUGUUUGAUAAAGCAGAUUUGGAGAACUACGGUGUCACACCUGCUGAUGUUCAGAGCACCUUUUUCUGUCAUAUCCUCCAGCCUAUUAAAGAGGAGACAGUGGAGAUGUUUUCUUUCUUCCACCUUACUGUUCAAGAACAUCUGGCUGCCUUGUACUGUGCAAUCAACCUCUCCAGCCAGGACGACAUAAUACAAGCUCUUGACUUUUGGUGCUUUGGGGUACGUCCAUCGUCCUCUACUGCUGCACCCCUUCAAAAUUUACUCCUUAGCAUGGAUAAGCUCGAAAGUCUCCAAAUGUUCACACGUUUCUUCAUGGGAAUGCUGCGAGCACGGUUGUCAGGUCAUUUAGAAGGUCUUGUUCAUUCUCCCAUCGAGCAAGAGGAUAGCAUCCCCAACAGGCUCGGUUUGUGGUUCCAAGAUCAGUUUAAAACCAGGGAACUGGAAAACCAGGUAGCCCUAAAUCUUCUCCACUGUCUGAUGGAGUUCCACAUGAAGGAAACCACUAGCAUUGCAGCACCAGAGAUCACAAAACUGAACUUGUUUAAAAUGAAGCUCAGUGUUGUGGACUGUGCAGCGAUACACUACGUGCUGCAGUUUUCCCCACACAAGCUGCAAGAGCUCAACUUGGGCUACUCUAACAUUGGAAACCGAGGACUCAACAGACUGAGACCAAUUCUACAUCGAUGUGAAUCUCUCUAUCUGAGAUACAACUGCCUGGAUAAGCAAGCAGCUAUUUUAGAAUCUGCCAUUCUGAAAUCAAAUGAGUGCCAAGUGAAGAAGCUCUUUAUGUGCGGCAACAACCUGGGUCCUGAGGGGGUUUUGGAGCUGUGGAAUGCUUUGGAGCACAACAACACUGUGGAGGAACUUUAUCUGGACAUCACCGGCAUCACAGAGAGAGGAACAGAAAACAUUGUCAACUGUCUCAGCAAAAACACUUCUCUGAAGACACUGACCAUUGUUGGAAAUGACAUUGGAGCAACUGGGAGGAGAAGACUGAAGGAACUGGAGAAACGUCGCCCGGAACUCAGGAUCAUUGCAAACUUUGUGGACGACCUUGGGUUACUUCAGGCAUACCUGGAUUGGGUGGAGGAGAUCCGAACUGACAGAGACCAGAUGGACUCCGUCAAGAAUGCGGAUGCCCUGCAGUCAGUGCUGAGGGGGCUCCAGGUGGCAGGGACAGUGGAAAAGGGGGAGAAUGCAGAGAAAGCCAAGGAGCUCCAAAAAAAGAUUGAGGAGCUACUGAACUAUUCUACAGAAGUGAUUAGAGGAAAAUGAUCACACAGAAAUGAACCAUCCCAACCAUUAAAUCUUACGGUCUGACUUCAAGCUGUGAAAGUAGAUCCUAAAAACCCAGACAGGUGUGUUAAUAGCUUAAAGCCACCUUUAACACUGCUUAAUCAUCUGGAGAAUUAAUGAUUUCAACUGAAAACAUGCUUUAGAUGUUUAAAUUCAUUGUCAUUGAACCUGAGAGAAUCUUUAAUAGAUUAGUAUGUUCUUUGUGAUGAACCUGUUAUGACUGACAAAACUGUACCUGCACAUUUUUAAAUGGUCAAAUGGACUCUAAAUACAACUAAUGCUAUUAUUAGUUACUAUUUCAAGAUUCACAUAAUUACAAUGUUUUUUAAGUGUUUUAAGUGUCAAUGUGAUCAUUUAGAAGUCAAUUCUUUUCCAAACUCAGUUAGAAUUAAUAAAUUAACACGCUGCCCUCUAGUGUCCACAUGUUUUACACCAAAGAGAGAUGAAAUUCUUCAACAUCACUGAAACUCUGAGCUGAAAGUAAAAUUCAGCUCAAAUGACAAAUUUAUUUAAUGUUUCUGUAAAUCUUUUUUUUUUACAUAUUAAAAAAUAUUUGUAUUCAUUUAAAAAAAUAACAAGAGAAUGAAAAGAAAGCAGAAAGCAUUAUUGUU